CCACUUUGGUUUCAUCGACCUGAAAGGCGUUUCUCUCUCUUGGACCCUCCCAUCAUCAUCAUCCAUAACUCUCACACCAGUCACCUCUCCGACGGAUUCUCCAAAACUCUCACUUUCUCUCUCUAAAAACUCUCUAUGUUAAACAUAGAAACUCAAACACUCACGCACCCACACACACAGAAAUUCCACUUCCCCCUCUCUCUCUCUCUCUAAAAUCUGAGCAAUGGCGUCGUCUCUUGCAACAACAGCUUCAGCCUCAGCUGCUUCGGUUACCAGAACUGCCCCUAAUUCAAGUUCUUAUUUACGUAUUCUGUCUCAUUCUCACUCUAGGGUCUCAUUUCGUCUCUCUCACAAACCCAAGCUCCAAAUCUUCACCAAGGUAUGUAUUCAUGGUUUACAGUCCAGUAGGAACCGUUCCACUGUGGUGAAAGCCCAGUUGAACAAGGUUGCUGUGGAUGGAUCCUCAAAUGAUGCAGCUACUCCAACUAAAUCAGAUAUUCCAGCAUCGGAAACCAAGGAUGCUAAGCCAUCAAGUGAGUCUUCUCCUGCAGCUUUGGCAUCAGAGGAAUCUAUGUCUGAGUUUAUUGCUCAAGUUGCAGAUCUCGUCAAGCUAGUUGAUUCUCGGGAUAUUGUGGAGUUGCAAUUAAAACAGCUUGGCUGUGAACUCUUAAUCCGUAAAACAGAGGCUUUGCCUCAACCAACACCUUCUGCUCCAGCUUUUAUCAUGCAUUCACCACCUCCACCUGCUGUAACGCCACCGUCUUUCCAAGCAGCCCCACCUGCGGCUUUGCCAGCACCUUCUUCUGCCCCUGCCCCUGCCCCUGCCCCAGCCCCAGCCCCAGCCCCAGCCCCAGCUCCUUCUGCACCUGGUGCUAAGUCAUCCCUUCCAGCUCUUAAAUGCCCCAUGGCAGGUACAUUCUACCGAUGUCCCGGACCUGGCGAGCCUCCACUUGUAAAGGUUGGAGAUAAAGUACAGAAAGGACAGGUCCUGUGUAUCAUUGAGGCCAUGAAGUUGAUGAAUGAAAUAGAAGCUGAUCAAUCGGGAACUAUACUUGAGAUCCUUGUAGAAGAUGGCAAGCCUGUCAGCGUUGACAUCCCUCUGUUUGUGAUUCAACCCUAGAGACUACUGUGGGUAAACAAGUAAACUGUACUAGUGUAGUUUAGGAGGAGGGUGUUUCUCUUGGUAAUGGUUUGAGAUGCGGCGCUGUUUUGUUGGUUUGAUUUCAACUUUUAUGUGUUUACAGCCUCUGUUUGUGAUUCAACCCUAGAGACUACUGUGGGUAAACAAGUAAACUGUACUAGUGUAGUUUAGGAGGAGGGUGUUUCUUUUGGUAAUGGUUUGAGAUGCGGCGCUGUUUUGUUGGUUUGAGAUGCGGCGCUGUUUUGUUGCAAUUAAGAUGCUUUUCUUGAAAUGAGAUGAUAGUUGGAGACUUAAAUGAAGGAACCUGUGACAAGUCUUUUACUUUAUUUGAAGAUCUUAUUAAGUUGAGAAUAUUUCUUCUUCUUUUUUUAAAAUACUUAUACUAGUCCAAUAUAUAUAUAUAUAUAUAUAUAUAUAUAUAUAUAUAUAUAUUUUCUAGUUGGUACUCACACACACGUCUCUUCUGAGACUUGAACCCUUAACCUCCCUUUGGGAAGUAAGAGGCCAAUACCGCUAGGCCACUGGCCCGUUGGUAACUAGUCCAAUAAUUUUAUUACCAAGUGUAUCAUCUUUGAGGUAUCAAAUACUUAUUGCAAGUCCCGAUAAUAGGCGAUAAGGUUUGUAAGCAAUUAAAUCUGAAAAUGAAAGUCAUUCAGUUUAUUCUCCAUAACAUUUGAAGGCAGUACCUAUGCCUUAGAAUGGAGCCAGCACUACAUAUGGAAUUGAGAAAUUUGAACGGUGUUGAGAGACCUGAAGAUCAAGGUUUUAAAGUUGGAGCCAACCCCACAUAUGCCUGGUGUAAACUUCAAACGCGUCAAAGCCAUUUCACGACCAAGGUUUGUGGCUGUUGUUGAAACAUUUUUUUUUCAUUUUUUUAAACUCGAAAUUUUGUUUCAUAUUCUGUAUUUUCAAUACAACAUAUACUAGUAUGCUUUUUUAUGCAUGUUUCCAUUUA